UCUCUCAGUGGGGUGGAUAUUUCCUUGAUUGUUGGAGGCGGCAUCGUUGUAUAUAGUAUCUUUCUUAAAAUCAUGUACUCUCAAGUGUAAGAUUGUCGGUGUUUUUCUAAAUUCGGUCUGGUUUGAGGUCUUGGGUUGCUCGGAAAUCUCCGGUGGAUUUGGAAGAGAGGAAAGAAAAAUGGAUGAUGAGUACGCCAAGUUCGUCAGGAGGAUGAACCCACCGAGUGUGUAAAGAAAGCAAGAAGCUUCAUCUGAUCUGCUCGUUGUUCUUGCAGAGUUGUGAUCGAUAACGAUUAUUGCGAGGAUGCCACCGUUAUCCAGGUUGACAGUGUCAACAAACAUGGAAUUCUGCUGGAUGUUGUCCAAGUGCUCGCCGACGUGAACCUUGUAAUAACCAAAGCUUAUAUCUCAUCUGAUGGUGUAUGGUUCAUGGAUGUGUUUAAUGUGAUUGACCGUGAAGGGAAAAAAAUCAGAGACAAGGACAUUAUCAAUUAUAUUCAAAUGAGACUUGAAAGCAAUGGUGGCUUUGUACCCUCUAUGAGAGAUUCCGUUGGCAUGAUGCCCUCAGAAGAGUACACCUCCAUUGAGCUCAGUGGUACCGACAGGCCUGGCUUAUUGUCUGAAGUGUGUGCGGUUCUUGCAGACCUUCACUGUAAUGUGGUAAAUGCUGAGAUAUGGACACACAACGCUAGAGCUGCAGCUGUAGUUCAUGUCACAGAUGAUUCCACUGGCUGCGCAAUUGAAGAUCCAAUUCGUCUCGCUACAAUUAAGGAGUUGCUUUGCAAUGUCCUCAAAGUAAACAGUGAGUUGAAGGCUGCUAAAAUGACACUUGCAACCCCUGGAGUUACAAACAGAGAUAGAAGGUUGCAUCAGAUUAUGUUUGCUGACAGGGAUUAUGAAAGGGUUGAAAGAGCAGAACUAAGGAGAGUUGAGGAUAAGGGCUCAAAACCCCAUGUAACCGCGUUGGAUUGCAGCCAGAAGGAUUACACUGUCAUUACCAUGAGGUCAAAAGAUCGACCAAAGUUGUUAUUUGACAUCAUCUGCACUUUAACAGACAUGCAAUAUGUGGUUUUUCACGGAAUGGUCAAUACAGGGAGGACGGAAGCUUAUCAGGAAUUUUACAUUCGACAUGUUGAUGGGCUUCCUAUCAACUCAGAAGCUGAGCGAGAACGUGUUGUACAGUGCCUUGAAGCAGCCAUUGAAAGGCGGGCAUCUGAGGGCCUGGAGCUACAACUGUGCACAGAUGACCGGGUCGGACUUCUCUCAGAUAUCACCCGGAUAUUCAGAGAGAACAGUUUGCGUGUCACACGAGCAGAAAUUUCAACUAAAAGUGGAAAAGCAAUAGACACAUUCUAUGUCACGGACGUUACAGGAAGCCCAGUAGACCCCAAGAUUAUCGAUUCAGUUCGCAGACAGAUUGGGCAGACCAUACUGCAGGUGAAGUGUAACUCAAGCCCUGCACCAAAGCCUCCUCAAGGGACAACAAUGGGAUAUCUCUUCGGAAACUUAUUCAAAGCUCGAAGUUUCCAGCCCCUUAAGUUGGUUCGAUCCUACUCUUAGUUUCUCAAUGUUCUGGAAAGUAAACACUGUAAAAAGAACAAAAUUACCAGACGUCUUAAGCUGUAUAUAGGAAGAAGAAACCCAGAAACCACUCUGGAUACUGUCAAGAUAGUGGUUGGGUUUGUAUAUUUUGUUCAUUUGUAAAGAUAUAUAUAUAUAUAUAUUGUAAUUGUAUAGUUUGGUGUACAGAGGUUGUAAAAAGAUAGAAGAUUGUACAGAUACAUUCAUACAUAGCUCAAUGAGGAAAUAAUGUAAACAUUUGUAAAGAUAUAUAUAUAUAUAUAUAUAUUGUAAUUGUAUA